AUGCCCACUGGAAAGUUUUCGUUGCCUGUGGCUGCCAGCGAGGGCUUCGUCGCAUUCAGAACGACCCCUAGACGCCCUCCGGCAUCAUCCCUCCAGCUUCAGGUUGCCGUUCUGAGAGCCAUUCUUAUCGCUGUCCUUGUUGCUGCCGCAGUAUAUACGUCAGGACUAGCAGGGAGUGCUUACCAGGGCUUGCAGAUAAACUGGAAAUCAUGCGGACAGGGGUUUGACGGCUACCAAUGUGCCAAUAUCACCCUCCCUCUAAAUCAUCACAAUGAAAGUGAUCCUCGUACGGUCACAAUAUCCGUGAAUCGUUACCUUGCUACCAAUGGUACUCAUAGGAAGGGCGCUGUGUUCAUCAAUCCUGGAGGGCCAGGCGGCUCCGGGACGAGAACGGUCUUUACCAAGGGCAUCCUUUAUUCUAAGAUCCUCAAUGGGCAAUACGACAUUAUUGGGUUCGACCCGCGUGGAAUCAACCAAACGCGCCCUUAUCUCUCCUGCUUCCAGUCACAAUUCGAUCAGGAAGUAUUCGGGUCGAUGACAGAGGGAUUUGAUCUGAACCUGCCAAUUUACAUCACUGCAGAGGUAGUCGCAGAUUUGGAGAAACAAAUCGAAUUUAUGACCGCUGCGGCGUCGUCACUCGCAGCGAAAUGUUUCGAGCGUGUUGGAGAAUAUAUGGCUUAUUCCGGAACUGAGGCUGUCGUCCGAGACAUAGACGCAAUGUCGAAGCUUAUUGAAGGGGAGGACGCUCGUAUAAACUUCUGGGGCUUCUCCUAUGGUACAAUCAUUGGACAAUACCUUGUGAAGAUACUCCCCCCUCACAGAAUUGGUCGCGUCAUGAUCGACGGGGUUGUCAAUCCGACCGUCUGGUCAGAUUACCCCAUCAAUGCAUACCACGAGGGUCUCGAUAACAUAGACGAUGUUCUCUCGUCAUUCGCGACCGCCUGCGAAGCCACUGGGGAUGCGUGCGCCCUGUCCUACAUGGCUGCACCCGAAAUACUCGGCGCAAUCGACCAAAUGAUCGAUUCCUUGUAUGCUAAGCCGGUACCCGUCACUGGCUUGCGUGUUCCGGCUGUGGCGAAGGCGUCGCACGUUCGUCAAUUGUUGUUCAAUAACAUGUAUAGGAUUCAGUCUUGGCCCGAUUUGGCUGAACACUUAUACAACGGCCUCCGGGGGAAUUUCUCCGGAAUAGUCAAUGCAACCUCGCCAAAGGUAGAUCCUAAUGGCGCAUCUUUGCCAGACAGGUCUGAGCACGCGACAUAUCCUAUCUUUUGCUCUGAUACCAAACCUUAUGAUUCCGAAAGAAAGCCACCCUCUGCAGCCGACCUGGCUGAAUCCAUCUUGGAACAACUCAAGAGGUACUCAUACCGGAUGGGUGACAAAUUUUUCCCGCUUUCUCUAUGCCAUGUCUGGGAGGGCGUGACGCCCCGCCGCAGUCGUUACGAAGGCACGUUUGAACUCGAGGACGAUGCACUGGAUACACCGAUCCUCGUACUCUCAAAUACAUUCGAUCCUGUCACUUCUUUAGCGAGUGCUAAGUACGCCAACACCCGCCUGGGGAACAACGCUAGGCUAGUGCAACAGAAGAAUGGUUGGGGCCAUUGCUCCAUCAGCCAGAAAUCGUUUUGCACUUUCGACAUCAUCACGGCGUAUAUGGUCGGCGGCACGGUACCAGCAGAGAAGCACACAUUUUGUGACGUCGAUGAAAAGCCAUUUGCACCGUUCAACGAUUCUCUGUUGAUCCAGGGCGAAGUGGCAGACGUUGAAGCAAGGAAGGCAUGGAUUCAGUUGAGCCCGGACUCCACUGGCCUUUUGUGAUUGUCCUCCAAUAUACUUAUUCAGUAACGUACAGCUCUCCUGCGAGAGGGAUGUAGAUGUAUGCACUGCCUUUAGAAUGUCAGUAUUAUGAACUCCCUCCUAGUUGCAGCAGAUACAAGAAUUAUGCUAUCUUCGCUUAACAUCACGCUAUUAGUAUCUGUCG